AUGGCCGAGCUGCUCUCCCAGUCCCGCGAGGCGUCCGCGCGCAUACGCGUCGAGAACAUCAUCCACACCGACAUUACCGUGGAGCUGAUGGAGAUCUUGGAACUCUAUGCCGAACUACUUCUCGCCAGGGCGGGACUGUUGGACGUCAGGGACAAGAACAUAAAGGAAGGCACGGCACAGGCGGGCGAUGACACGGGUUUGGAGGAGGCGGCAGCGAGUAUCAUCUACUCUGCGCCGAGGCUGCCGCGGGAUGUGCGAGAGCUGGCCAUCGUGCGAAGCAUGCUGAUCGAACGGUUCGGGAAGGAGUUUGCGAUCCGCGCAAAUGAGAACCAGGACAACUGCGUGCCCACUCGGGUAGUGGACAAGUUGAAAGUCGAUCCGCCGAGUGCGAGGCUUGUGCAGGCAUAUCUGGAGGAGAUCGCAAGGACGUAUGGAGUGGACUGGCCCCCGCAGAGGGAAGGAGAGCAAGUGGAGGCACUGAGUAAAGAAGUCGAUGGUGAGGAUGCUGGAGAUGAUGAUGACGGCGUGGGGGGUGGCAUGAAGGAGCUGCCUUUGCUUGCAGACGGAGCACCACCACCACCACCGAACCCAGCUACGCCGUCCCGACCGAACAAAAUCGAUAUUGGGACUUUACAGAAUGCGACACCGCCGUCGAGCUUGGAGCCUGGAGGGGCCAAAAGUCCUGUCUCAAUAGCUCCCCCGGGUGCGACAUCUGACAAUCUCAGCCCGAGGGUCAAAUUGCCUGGAGGAGGGGAGAUCAGAAAGGGCGUCAACAAUGCGAAGUCCACACCAUCUGCCGGAAUGGCCAAAGGGAAGAGCGCCGCCCCUGGGGGAGGUGCCGGAACGGUGCCUGGAAACGUGCCGACUGUGGACGAUUUGGCAAAGAGGUUUCAGGCGCUCAAGAGAUGA